ACACACACACACACAUAUAUAUAUAUGUCCUCACCAUUUUCAUUUUUCAUGCACAUUAUUUCCAAUCUAUUUCUUCUCCAACCAAAUUAUGACUCUGUCGAGUUUUCUGUCAACAAGCGCAAUUAUGGUUGUGGGUUUUCUUGCACUAAGUUUCUUAGUGGCGGCUACGGCUGGUAACUUCAACCAAGAUUUUGACAUAACUUGGGGCGAUGGACGUGCAAAAAUACUUGAAAAUGGCCAGCUUCUUACUCUUUCUCUUGACAAAACCUCUGGUUCAGGGUUUAGAUCAAAGAACCAAUACUUGUUUGGGAAAAUCGACAUGCAGCUUAAACUUGUGCCUGGAAACUCUGCUGGAACUGUUACUGCUUACUAUCUAUCUUCUAUAGGUUCAACCCAUGAUGAAAUAGACUUUGAAUUCCUUGGCAACCUUAGUGGAGAUCCUUAUAUCCUCCAUACAAAUGUAUUCACCCAAGGGAAAGGAAACAGAGAACAACAGUUCUAUCUUUGGUUUGAUCCUACCAAGGACUUCCACGCCUACUCCAUUUUAUGGAAUCCUCAAAGCAUCAUUUUCUUUGUGGACAACACUCCUAUUAGAGAGUUCAAGAACCUAGAAUCAAAUGGCAUUCCUUUCCCAAAAAGCCAACCAAUGUGGAUAUACUCUAGCCUGUGGAAUGCAGAAGAUUGGGCAACAAGAGGUGGCCUUGUAAAGACAGACUGGAGCCAAGCGCCAUUCGUAGCUUCCUACAGGAAUUUUAGUGCUCAAGCUUGCAUUUGGUCAUCAUCUGGAUCUGGCUCAUCCUCUUGCUCAUCCAAUUCCUCUAGUAGUGAUAAUCCAUGGCUAACACAAUCUUUGGACACCACAGGCCAUGCAAGAAUCAAAUGGGUACAACAGAACUACAUGAUUUACAACUAUUGCACUGAUACUAAGCGUUUCCCUCAAGGCCUACCUCCUGAGUGCUCACUUGCUUGAGUCAAAUAUAUAUAUAUAUAUAUAUAUAUAUUUGCUGUUAUUCUCAAUAUUAUCAGCCGUCUUGUUCUAAAUAUAGUCACUUAUUUUUUAUC